GGUCAUUGUGUUGUAAUUGUUCUCGUUUCUGCUGUUACGCUGUAAAGUGUAAAGCCAAAUGAAUAUAAAUAGUGACAAAGUUCAUUCUCAUCUUUUCAAUUUUUUAUUCAGGUGUGCAAGGUUUACAUGUAACAGAUUUUUGUAGCGAAGCUGUGGGAUACUGAACAGCAGGGAUGCCGUCCUUGUUGCAGCAGUUGGUCAGCAAUCUUCGUAGAUCCGAAGGGGAUCUGCUGUCAGGUGCUGCUUGUUUAUCUCUGAUUACUCCCGUAAUAUCCCGCUUUGCUACCGAUCUCGCACACGUUUCUUCUUUAUCGUCGCCUUCGGAGCCCUCUCCGCGAAGCCCUAACAACGAACAAAGCAAACUCCUAUCCUUGCGUGAAGAUCUCCAGUAUUUAGGUUAUAUUGCAGAUCGGAUUUUUGGCCUGAUCAUUCUGCAUGGCGAUGGGACGCUGCAAGGGGCUGUUUCCCUGCGGCCUUUCCGAUCCCUGAAGUUUUUAGAGCUGCGCCGGUUACCGUUACAUUUACUGAAGGGGUUGACCGUUUUGCGAGGACAACUGGAAACUAUUGUAUGUGUGCGAUCUUUACAAAAUUUGGAACUGUUGUUGGUUAAAUGCGGAGGCGAUGCUGCUGAUGCGUUCCCGUGGCCCCAAUUGCGCACAUUAGUAUGCGUUGAUUGCGAACUGGAAGAUCUAGGUGAUGCUUUGGAUUGUGCGACAAAUUUGUCUAGUUUAGAUCUCAGCCGAAACUCUAUUCGUCAUUCCAAGACUGCUCUUCUUCGGCUGGAUGAGUUAAUUAACGUCAAUUUAAACUACAAUUUCCUUGAGAAAGUGCCAAAAUUUUCUCCUUCAGCGAAUCAUCGUUUACGGGUUUUAACAUUGCGAAAUAAUCGUCUUGAAUCACUGGAGGGAUUAGAAGACUUGGAAAACCUGCAAGAGCUGGACAUUUCUGACAACUGCCUGAUGAGUCAUGAUACGCUAUGGCCGCUGCGACGCCUUCCGAGAUUGGGAAAGCUUUCUUUGUCCGGAAAUCCCAUCAGUUUCCAUAAGAAACAUCGCGUACUAACUGUCGUUAAUUUGAAUUCUCAAACAUUUAAACAGCGACGGUUUUUCCUUGACGGUCUACAGUUAACGCGAACUGAAGCAGCGUACAUUCCGGACGAGCCCAUUGGGUUUGGUCGGCGAUCCAUCUCGCCUGUUGAUGCGGAAGCCGUGUCGAUUCAGACUGUCGCUAGUUCCCUGCAGAACAGUAUGCAAGAGGGUUCCGUGAUUGACGUGCCGACUUCUUCAGGGAAGAAGAAACAAAUGCGAGUCAGGGUUGUGCGUCUGGAUUCAUCGCAGAACAACGCGGAUGCUGCCGACCAGGGCCAAGAACGCACGAACGAACCCCCCGUUGACAUUCUGAGCUCCUCGACAUCAUCAGCAUUUGCGCAAGAUAUUGAAGAAUUACGUGAAAAGUUUGGAGAAGAAUGGCUUAAAUUCCACGCCGUUCAGAAUUCUGUACCACAGUCUGCGCCUAUAGCUAUCGAAGUUCCAGAUUUCACCGCUCAGCUAAUUGACGAAAUCAUUCACCCUCAUGACGAGCAGCUCACAGCGGAACCGGAGCGCAUUCAGAGCGCGGAAAGUAUUGACGAUGCACCUCCACCUUUGCACACAGAAUCCAACGAAAAUGAAUCUGAUCCGUUUCUCGUACAGCUGGAGGAUAAGCCGAAUUCCGAAGAUGCUUUGUUAGUGUCAUUAGGUGAUAAGCACUUGAUUGAACGAAACAUUUCUGGGGUGAUAGUUGAGAUGCUGGAGAACACUAGCGUAUUGAAGUGUGAAAUCAGCGAGGACGAUCCGACACGGUUGUCAAUGUAUUUUGAUUACAUGCGCAAAGAUCGACGGAGUCGGAAAUACUGUUUUGAAGAUGCGGACCAAGCGUUGCAGUUUCUGGAUUUGGUCAGGCCGUUGGUGGACGAAAAGGAUGUAAAGUUUCUCAAGUAUCAAUGUCUGCAGUGCAACAAAAUAUUUCCGGAAUACCAGGCUGAAACUAAAAUCAAGUAUCGCCCUCAGAGCGCAGUCCAAAGUGGAUAUUCUAGUUCCAUCGGAUCCAUGUCCACUUCCAAUAAAGGCAUUCUGGCCGAAAUGGUAGCUUGUCCAUUCUGCAGCAGUGAAAUGCUGGUAGAAAAGAAAUCUGACUCAUCUAGCAGUGACUCCCCGGAAGCGGAUUCUCAUGCCGUAGAUGGCACAGCAUCCACGUCUCCGAAGAAAAUUAAGCGUUCCAGCAGCGUCGCUGUACUGGCGAACGAACCUACUGACGACGAAGAAACAAUCCUCCCCGGGAGUUAUAAAACCCCUUCAAUGGGCACUUUGAGCCCACCGGCUGCCGAACGCAGUUUAGAAAAUAGCCUGUAUGACUACGGCCGAAGAGAUUCCGCUGAGGAGACGUUGUUCGCUGUGCAUGGUGUUGACGAGGCGAUGAAUUUGCUCAAAAUGGACGGAUUAGCGAUGGAAGCUCCGGGGUUUGAAUGGAGCUAUGAUGAUUACACGGCUGUGGAUCACCGGCUACGCUUGCACGUCGAUAUGAAUUUGUUGACCGAACCUGAUGAACAGUUCCAGAUGAUUGUGAAGGUGGAUGUGUUCACGAUGGAAGGCACUUCUCCACGCGAAAUGGUCUGGGUGGUGUCCAACCUGAAUGUUUUAAUUUGCACUUUAAGCGAGGAUUCCAGUGUUGACCCAUCAGAGUGGCUUCGCCCGCAGCAAUCAAUCUCGUUGCGAACUUUCAACCUGUUGCAUACCGUUUGCGAUAAUCAGUGUCUGCGACUUGGUUUGACGGAUGGAUCGUUUCUCUUGCUGCUUUUCCGCGAUGAAUCCCGAGCACAGAAAUUCGCACAACAAUUCCAGGAGGUUCUAGCCAACAGCAAAGUACCGUUUUAUCUGCGCGAAUCCAGUGACGUUUCCACUGUGGAUUCCUGGUUGGCAGCGAUACCGUUUGAAGAUGAGGAUACCGAAGUCUGCCUAUCCGUCACCUGCCGAAGAUUGUGUUAUAUGGGCAAAUCACCAGUUAGUUUGAUUUGUACGGAAUCACAUUUGAUCAUUGCCACCGAUGAUUAUUCGAAUCUGGUGCGCAGUGGCAGUACCCUUUUCACCUUGGUCGAUGCGAAGCCGCUGUCUUCCAUUAGCAAUUUGGUUAUGCACGCAUCAUCGCCGACAGUCCUGGGUAUUAAGUUUUUCAACGAAGACAUCGAUGCAAUCAAUCAGUGGGAUUUCCAUUUUGAAGCUCUGGAUGGGCUUGAAAAGAUUGUCCAGUCCAUACGUUCGCCUUGGGAAAACGUUGUCUUCCAUGUUCCACUUAAUGUUGAACUACAUCCGUAAAUGUUGCUCCGGUUCCUGUGGUGUAAUUUGUGGUAGUUUCCUUCGGUUGUUUUUGUAGCUUUGUGAUACGCAGUGAACUUUUUUCCCGUUUCAUGUCUGAUUUGAGAGAUUAUGAAGGAAUCAGAGGGAUUGAUUUUACCAUUUUAAUUUAUUAAUGUUCCGUUGGUAUCUGGCCUGUACGAAUAUUGACGUACACGAGAAACAGUUACGCCAGUCGUACAAUAAACGCAUAAUUUUAUUG